AACCAACUGUAAUAUAAGAACGAAAACAAAAAAAAAAAACAAUUGUCUAACAUAUACUAAAUAUGGGCCGUGUUUUCCUCGAGCAUAUUGGCGGCUCGAAACUGUUCAAUUGCGCACAGUGCCUGACAAAUCUUACCAAUCGCAGCCAAUUGAUAAGUACACGAUUUACAGGUGCAACGGGUCGUGCGUAUCUUUUCAAGCGAGUUGUUAAUCUGACCUUUAGUAAUGUCCAAGAGCGUGUAAUGCUUACGGGUCGCCAUAUGGUGCGCGAUGUAAUGUGUAAGAGCUGCGAUGCCAAAUUAGGCUGGAUGUAUGAAUACGCCACUGAAGAUGCACAAAAAUACAAGGAAGGACGUGUGAUUCUGGAGUAUGCAUUAAUAAGCGAGACAGACGGUUUUCAGGGUGAAAGUGGUUCUAUACAUUAAAAAACACCAUAUUAGUGAAUUUUCAUUCAUUUCACAUUUCGUAAGAAGUCUACAACGAGUCAGCUCUACCAAGCGCAAGCAUUCUUAGUUAAUAGUACUUUUCUUUAGUAUUCAGCAGUUACCAAAAGUUACAUGUGCAUUAAGUUAUUAGUAAUUAAAUCGCCAAUUGAUCACAAUACGGUAAAAUCUCAAUAUUUAUCUAUAUUAUUUUAGGUGCAUAAAGCAUAUAUGAAAUAUUGUAUUGCACAUAUUUUAAAUUUUUUUUAAAUAAAUUUUCGUAUUCAUGUU